GGACUUAACGAGCGAUUGUUUACAAGCGCGCGCGCUCGGGUCCUCCCGCUCCCGCGAUCUACUACGGAGUACAUAGCGUAGCGUGUGUAAAUAAUAAUCGCGCGCGCUCGUCCGUGUCGCGUGUCGUGUCGCAGUAUUCGCAGCGGCCGCCCGACCCCGUCGGUUCUCCGAAGGUGAGACAUCCCCGAGGGAUGUGCGCGUCGCGACGCGUCCUAUCCCCCGUCGUACUCGUCGUACGCGACGCGGGCCCCGCCACCGCGGCGUACAUCGUGUGUACACCACCGUGACCCACUUGUUGCGUCUAGGUUAUGGCGUUAUAAACAAAAAUAUGCUGCGCACAAUAGACGCGUCCGUCGUCAGUCGCGUCGCGAGUCGUGAGUCGUGAGGUUUGUCGCGCUUGCCGGCACCAGGGCAUGGAGGCGGGCCCGGGCCUGAGCCUGUUUCAGGGCACCGAGAGCAUACAGCUGAAUACGGUGGCGCAGAGGCUCGAGGAAGAGGAGGAGCAGGAGGAUAAAAGGCGACGUGAGGGGGAGCUCCAGGUUCUCAUGACAACGGCAUUCAAUGAUUUAGAGAAUGAUGAUGACGAUGGCACUUCUGUCGAUAGUAGCCACUAUCAAGAUGAUAGUAUCAGAGAUACUGAUUGCACCAAUACAGUAGUCAACUCUGGCCUGGAAUCGGUUACAUCUGCCAAAAGUCAGGUAGUGGUGCAAAAGGAACUUGAUGUCUAUAAUCACAUAGGGAAUGUGAAUAAUUACGAUCACGAUGUGAUAACAAAUCACAUAUCUGACUCCGAAAUCGGUGGAAAUGUGCAGGCCGAUUUCGAUUUAUGUAGACAAACGGGAACGCCGUAUGUCAACAACAGAUUCAACGACAACAGCAACAGCAAUAGCAUGCUGGAUACGCCGUAUGAAUUAUCAAAACCACCAACUGGAUACCCUCGUAAGAUGCAUCCACAGUCGGUUGAGGAGUGCACGUUCGGCGAAACUUAUCCCUACAAUUAUGAAACACCAUCCAAUCAUUAUAAUACUCACAAACCCAAGAAAUACUCCAACAAUGGUUUUACCGAUAUAUAUGAAAAUAAUGUACAAAGUAAGCAGAUUCAGGAAUUUGGUGGAGGCGAUAACGCUACCUCGGAUCAUAUAAAUCAUUGCUACAAGACUAGUCCAAAUGGCAGGUCAAUAGAUGAUGAUGUAGCAUACAAAUCAGCAGAGUAUAAUAGCAAAGAGCAACUCGAAGUAUUGUACAAAGUCAGAUUAAGAGAGAUCGAUCGUUUGACGGAUGAAUUACAACAAGUACAAUCGGAAAAAGAGGAUGAAAAAAAUCAACUGACGAGGAAAUUAUUGCUGUUACAAGCGGAAGUUGACAAAAUUAAUAUUUCCAGGACUCAAGCGCAACAUGCGCUGGUUGAUGCUAAGGCUGAGAUAAGUGAUUUGCAAAGGCAAAUGGAGUCUCUAAAAGAGAAAAACGCAGUUUUGGAGAAGACAAAUCAAAAUAUAACGGAAGAAUUGAAUAUUGCGAGAGACUCUGUCAUAGAUUUGCAACAAAAAAUUACUGUGCUAGAAAGAGCACAGAUGUUACAAACAAAUGAUAAGACGCAUGAAAAAUUUUUGAAACAGGCGCAAGAAAAACAUGCGGUGGAAAUGAAAAAUAUGCAGACUCAGAUAGAUGUUCUUACAGACAAGUUAAAUGUCAAGCUGCUCAAUAUGGACAUUGGCAACAAUAAUAUUUGGGAGACGUCGUGUGUUACUCUCGAACAUAAAUUGAACGAUGCUCGAAGAGCGCACGAGGCUCUCAUGGUGGAGAAGGGUGACACCAUGAAUCGAUUGGCGCAAGCAUUGGAAGAAAGUCAAACCCAAUGCCGCAAUCUUAUGGCCACAAAUAGUGCGCAGCAAGUAAUGCAAUUACAAGCGCAAGUGAAAAUGUUGACUCAAGAAAAGGAAGAGCUACAUAAAACUGUAGAUGAUUUGCAGAACAAAUUGGAGGUAGUCAAAAGUGAUAUAGCACAAUACGAUUCAUUAUUGACCACAACUUUGGAUGAUGAAUCUGAUUCAAUUAGACAGAUGAAAUUAGGUGAACUUCAUAAUAAAUCGAAAUCAAAACCAGUUGACGAUAUCACAAAUAAAUUGAAAGGCGAGCUGCAAAGAUGUCUGGCUGGUCAAGCUGUAAAGAGAAAGGAAAUAAAUCGUUUAGAAAAUACUCUAUCACAGAAAGAAAAGGAGUUAAACAAAGCUCUAAUGUUAGCUGAAACGUGUCGACAGGAAGCGGCGCGGUAUGCCAAACGAAUUAACGAAUUGGAGCAAGAAUUAAAAUCUGUAUUAACAGACGAGGCCAUGAAAGCGAAUGCUAAAAUACAAAAAUUGUCAGAUCAUUUAAAUGAUGUGAGAAAACAAUACGAAUUGUUAUAUGAUGAGAAGAUUAGCAUAGAACAAAAAUUAGAAGAGGCUUUAGCUGUUAACCAAGAGAGACUUAAUAAAAUGCAUCAAGAGACUAUAGAACAACAAGAAAAAGAAGCUAUUGAUGAAUAUAACAAAGAAUACUUGGAGAUACAUGCUAAAGCCAUAGAAAGAGUAAAGCAAGAAGCACAAAUGGAGAUAGUACAAUUAUCCGUACAAUUAGAACAAACACAAAAAGAGUUAAGUCGCGUAAAAGAAUUAUACAUAGAUGUAUGUGGAACAAAGGAACAAUUAAUAAAUGAGCAUAAAAAUGAAAUCAAAACAUUAAAAAAUAAAUACAGUAUAAUUGAAUCACAUCACAAUGAUGUAGAAAAAUUAGAAAACGAAUUACAAACGCAGAUUAAACUGUGUAAUAAACUAACUAGAGAAUGCGAAGAUUUCAAAAGCAAAAUAAUCGAGUUGGACAAAGAUCUGGUAUAUGAAAGGAGAAAAAAAGAGGAUCAUAUGAAAAAGAUACAUUCUGAAAUAGAACGAGCGAAAGAAGAAGCGUUACAUGAAUUAAGAAAUGCACACCCGAAUCAAGAAAUCAGUUUUCUUCUACCAGAUCAUUGUUCUGAACAUUUAGAAAAAAUUAAUCAGUUGGAGGAAGAUUGCAAGCGUUUGGAAGAGAAGCUUCAAAUCGCCAUGCAGGAGCAAAAAAAAUUAUCUGAUUAUCAAACUGAAUUGGACGAUGCCAGAUUGAAAAUAGCGCAAAUGGAAAUCUCGCAGGAAUCGUGGAAGAAGAAAUAUGAGAAAAUCGUCAAUGAGAAAAAAGAUCUUUUUGCAAAAGUCUCUAAAUUAGAUAUAGAAUUAUCGAAUCUAAAACGUACCACAAAGUUCGAAGACUCGGACGACGUGAAACUGAAGAUUGCUCGGUUUCAAACAGAAAAUGAGACACUGAAAAGUCAAUGCGAUAAGCUACUCGGCGAAAGAAAUACUUGUAAAGAGAAAAUCGCUGAACUUGAAGCAGAGUUGUUCGAUACAAAGAAAAAAAUUAUCAAUUUUGAAGGAAAAUUACGGAAAAGCGGCGAGGUAACACUAAAUUCGAAGAAUGAAUUGGAGAAAGAGCUCUCUUAUUAUAAGGAUUUGGUUGCGCAAUUAACUAGGUUAAAUAAUUCAAAAGAGGAAUUAGUCAAUGACUCCGCGACAUUGGAACAGAGAAUGCAACAGCUUCAGCAGGAUUUACGAAGCAAAGACGAAAAACUGAGUAGGCUACUGAAAGAUUAUGAGAAACUCAAAGAUGAAAGAGAUCAAUUAGUAAUAAAAUUGCGAAAUCAAGCCAAACAAUUCGAACAAUACGUCAAAAGUCAAAAUAAAGUCUCCGCGGAAUUGAAUCUGUCUCCUCGUAGUACGAGCGAUAGUACCGAUUUUCAAAAAAUGAAGGAGAUUAUGGCAAAAGAGGUACGAGAAGGAAUGGAACAGAAAGUGGUGAAGGAACUUAGAGGAAUUGAGGAACGGAAUUUCGAAAAGCGGAAAGAACUAGAGGAAAAAUACAAAACUAUUGUUUCGGAGUGGCAAACAAAAUAUAACGAGAAAAAUCAAGAAGUAAUAAUUCUGCAAAACGAAAUAAUGGCGGAAAAAGCAAAAGUCAGUCAAAUUAGUCAAAUUAUAGGGAACAAACUGGAAAUUUGCAAUCGAGAAUUGCAAGCACGAAAGUUUCAAAUCGAAAAAUUGGAAGCGGAUUUAAAGAAAAAGGAGAACGAAGUUGAAGAGGAUAGAAACUGGAUGGCUCAGAUGAUGACCGGAUGGGCUGCUGAGCUUAAAGAGAGUAAAGCUAAGGAGACGGAGAAGAAUGGAGAAAUAAAGAAGUUGAAAUCUAAUGAAGAGAAAUUAAACAGUAAAAUCAAAGAGCUGAAAGAUAAAGAGAUACAGACGAAGAGCGAUAUGGAUACGUUAAAACAUAAGUAUCAGAGAGCGAAAAAGAGUGCACAGAAUUAUAAGAGUUAUGCGAAGAAUGGCAGAGAGUUUUUCACAAGUGAAUGCAAACGUAUCGAGGAGGGAUACAAAAAGGCCAUCAAUGAAGUACAACAAAACUUUUCGGUAUACAACGAAAAGUACGCCGCAAAAGUCAAGGAACUUGAGCAUCAGUAUACAGAGAAAAUAGAACAAAUAUGACUGGAGUACAAAGAUAAAUGUUGAAGUAUGUAUUAAGUAUUUUUUAAAUAUAUGCAAUAUAGUUUCUUUUUUUCCAGCUAAUAUGUAGUUACAGAGGCUAGAUAUCUUCUUUGUCUGUAAUGUAAAACACAUUAUUGUACAACAUUUUAUUAGCAGAGUUUUAUGUUAGGGACCAAUAUAUACAUAUAAGUAAAAAUGAUAUAUUUCCCAGUAGAAUUAUUAUCGCGUUUGCUUGCCAAUCUCGAUUCAUGACAAAGCGGCGAACGUUAAUUGUAGCUCUAUAGCUAUAGACAUCUGAAGUACAAUUAUCUGGUUAAUCGUCCGAGUACUCUAACUGGAUAGUAAUGUUUAUAUAUAAGUUGAUACGUCAAACGUAUGAAUAGGAAGGAGCCGUUUUUACAUUAACCAGUAUAUAUUAUAUUACAAUUUUUUAAUAAUUCGUCUAUAAUUUAAGACGAAACACGACAUGAUAAGCUCACAAACAAAAGGAAAAGCUUUAGUCACGUGUUUCUACCGAGCAUUAUUAUGACAUAAUAUGCAAGACUGGAUCUCUAUUGGAUUUUUCUCUUUUUUUCUCUUAUGAAAGUAAGUAAUAAAGAAGAAAAAUCAAAAUAUGUAGACAUUAAGGAAAACAUUAAUUUUCACUUCUUGUAAAAAAUUAAAGCACUAUUCCGAUAUAAUUCUCUCUCAUCUCUCUAUCAAAGAGUUGUUUAUCUUUGAAUAUUGGAAUUCGUUUAUACAUUUUAUACAUGUCGCUAGAAGGGAUAAUCAGAUCUAUAUUAAGAUUGUACAAAGUGACUUUUACAAUGUAGGAAUUUACUUUACAUAUAAAAUUCUUGUAACUAAGCGAAAAAUCCGAAUUGUAUUAAAGAUUUUUUAAUGCGUUAAGCAGCAGGACUGAAUAACAAAGAUCUUUACAUUAUCCUUACUCUUAAGUGACUUAAUGUGUAUAUUUAAUUAAUGGUAACGAUAGCUUUCGACGAAGUAUCGAAGACGUUCGUCUUUCUUCUUUACAUUGAAAAUUCGACGAAACGUCUAUUCGAACAAAUAAGACGCCAUAAUUAAAUUCGACGAACUCUCAAUUUUUGUAAUUUGCUUAUUUUAUUAUGCAAUUGUGUGCAAUCUCAGAAAAUGGCCAAUUAUAUCAUAUCGGCUUAUAAGAAUAUAAUAUAAAUUAAACAUUGUAUAUCUCUAUAUGUGAAGAUCUUGAUAAGAUUGUUCGAUACACACCGCGGAUAUCGUACGUUUAAAUAGAUAAUAUUAAUUUACCAGUGUCAUUACACACUUACAGACAAACACGCGCAUACACACACACAUACACUGGAUAUAGAGAAGUAUUAUUAAUAUU